AACUAUGCACUAUAACGACACUUUUACCAAACACACCACAGAUAACUCAGGGAGUGGCUGCUUGCUAACACUAACCCAGCUAAAUAUGGCUACCAGUUAUUGCUCUAAAUCCGGUUCUAAAUCUGUGAGGAACCAAGAACCAGCUGCUACCCACCCCCCAGAACAGAUCACCCAGCCAGCUGAACCUGACUAUGACCUUGUUGAACAACCUGACAAGGACUUGUACUGUCCUAUUAUCCUUGAGAUUCUGGUAGAGCCACAUCAAACCGACUGCUGCGGACAGCACAUCUCAGAGAAAGCUGCUCAGAGGAUCAUCAGAGAUGGCAAGCCUUGUCCUAUGUGUAACAACACUCCCUUUAAAACGCUGAAAGACAAGUUCUUCAAACGCAACACAAUCAACAAAUUAAAUGUUCGCUGUCCCCACAAGAAGAGUGGGUGUGAGUGGACGGGGGAACUGGGGGACCUGAAUUAUCACACCACCUCCUGUCCAAAACGUCCCUGGAAGUGCCAAUAUUGCGACUUUGAAUCAACUCACGAUAUCGGAAAUGACCAUACCCUUUGCUGUGACAACUACCCACUGCCUUGUCCCAACCAAUGUGAGAUCGGUACCGUCCCUCGCUACCAAGCUGAUAGCCACCUGCUGGAGUGCCCCCUACAACUUGUGGAGUGUGAGUUUGCUGGAGCUGGAUGUGACGUGAAGGUUCCUCAAAGAGAUAUGAUGGGUCACAUGACAGAGAGUGUCCAACACCACCUCCUGACAGCCACCCUCGUCAACCUGCAACUAACGAGAGAGCUACACCAGAAAAUGGAGGAGAAAGACCAGCAAAUAGUCGACUUGCAGAAACAGAUGAAACAGGUAAAAGAACAAGGCAAUAACAUUCAUUUCAAGAUUCAACAAUUAGACGCAAAAGUUGAUACCAAGUUUCAUGAUCUCGAUGCAAAGGUUGAGCAACAAGCUAGAAACCUUGACACAAAGGUCAGUGAUCUAAAGGUCACGAUGGAAGCCAACACAGUGAAGAUACAGAAUGAUUUGUUAUUGCUGAAUGGGUUCUCUUGCCACGAGUUUACUCUCACUGAGUUUACAAAACAACAAACAAAACCCAGCCAUGGACUCUGGAGUGGUGGAGAGUUUACUGCACAAGGGUGGAAGUUUAUAUACGGUGUUUUUACAAAUGGUACUGGAUUUGCUAAUGGAACACAUUUGACUCCUUACAUCAUCAAAAAGCACGAGGUUGACAAAACAGAAGGUGUAGCUAUCCUACAGAUACUCAACCAGCUAGGUGACCAUGGACACUACAUAGGAACGGAAACAAGAAUUUUGAUGGAGAAGACAACAUAUUUUGGCGACUCAUUCACGUUCUUCCCCCUAGAUCGCCUAGGUUAUUGUGCUGACACAAAUACUCAGUGCCUCAAAAACGACUGUCUCAAGUUCAGACUGUUUAUGAAAGUGAAGGUUCUCUAAAUAGUACACAAUGUUAGUUACUAUACCGUGACUGUAUCUUAGCAAUUAGAGAGUAACAUCUGGUCUUGAAUAGAGGCCUCUAUAUACAUAGCCUAUAUGUGAAAUAAUGUCACUGG